AAAGAAGAAGAAGGAGAAAGAAGAGAAGGACUUAAAGAAAAGGUUCAAUCUCAAAGGAGAGAUCAACAUCAUCGAUGAGGGUAUCGUCCUGGAGGCUAUGGACGCUGAGUAUGAGAAGUACGGCCUCCAGUGUAACAUAGGGGAGAAGAUUGAGAUCCUUAGGAAAGAGGGGAAUCCCCCCGGCAAGUGGCUGGCAAGGAAUCCAGUCGGACAUUAUGGUUAUGUGGAUCAUCAGUUCGUGAGACUAGAAGAAUUUGAUGCAGGGGAGGUGUAUGAUGAUGUGAUGGAAGAAGAAAAACAAACUGUCAAACCAAUUGAACCAGUCAAAAGUGAUGAAGAGGGAGAGGAAGAGAACAUCUACGAUGCUGUCAAUUGAUGAAAGCCAACUCCGUUGGGUUAGUGGUUCCAGGAAAGAACUCUACUUAAUCCGUACUUGAAGUGGAAUAGCGCCCUCGGGAUGUACUUCUAAUUUAGUGGUUAAAUAAUAACACUUAUCAGGAUUGUGAAUGAAGAUCAUCGAGUAUGAAUGAAAAGUGAAUCUAUGAAGUAAACCUUUGGUGAGAAAGAACUCUACUUACUCCUUACUCCAAGCUGAGGUGCCCUUCAAACGUGAUUUUUAAUUUUCUCAUGGUCAUAAUAUAAAUUAGACUCGUGAAUUAUGAUCAUCAAUGGAAUGAUCAAUAUAGAUCUAUGAAGGAAAGUUCUACUUAAUCUGAAUUUCAAGUUCAGUUGACUUCAAAGUGUACUUUAAAUUUUCACUUUGUAAUAACACUAAUCAGACGUAAGAAGUAAGAUGAUGAAGAAUGAAUGGUUAGAGUUUGUUUGGUUGGCUGAGGAUUAUUGAAGAAAUCUUUCUAUGAGACUUAACUCUUAACUUAAUCUGCUACAAGCAAAAGUGCCCCAUGUACUUUCUGAUUCUAGCAAUUUGCAUCCAUACAAACCAAUCUGGAAAUUUGUAGAGCGCCUGUAUCUAAUUGCCUAAUCUAAGGCGCCCGACGAGACUGAAAAACUACUGAAUAUGCCAUUCGUAAUUUUAACCUGAGAGAGACUAGAGUAGUGGCUAGUUGUAAGCAAUGUGGAAUAGAUAUAUCUUUAGUUGGGUUUUAAAAGUGGAUAGCAGGUCAGAAGAGCAAAGAUACUAAGGAAAGUUAGCUGGUCCAUAACCUAGGUGCAGAAGCAGGGAAUGUCCUAUCGCCAAGCAGAGAAUGGGCUCCAGAACUCAGCACAAUUGCUUUAAAUCAAGUUUCGGAAUUGGCAAGUUGCUAGUAACUCUUUAUCCGUGUCUGUCAAAUAAUGAAACAAACAGUGAACCGCUAGUGUCAACUUUUGGCACACCUCAAAUGUACCGUAUAUGGAACAUUUCAUCUACUUGUAGCACAAAGGGCAUAAAGUUUGUUUUAAAGUAUGAGUAAAGCUCACGUAAAUGUAUGGAUUAAUGCCCUUCUGGCUCUAAACUAACGACAUGCUCCAAAUAAUUUAGCGUUCUAUUGUUUCAAUCUGUAACAAAUAUUUAUGUCCUAUCUGUGAAAUUUAAACGUUAG